GCGUGGCGGCGGCGGGAGGCCCCGGCGGCCCAGGCGCGGAGGGGGAGACGGUCCCAAGAUGGCGGCGCUGCAGGCGGAGCGCGGGUACGGGCUGUCCUGCGGCCGCCUCGGCCGCGGCACCCGCGUCUCCGUCUUCCACGUCAAGCUCACGGAGAGCGCCCUGCGCGCCUUCGAGAGCUACCAGGCCUGUAAGGAUGCUGUGACAUCCAAACCAGUCAUCCAGUUCCAAGGAAGCCAAGGGCACAUCGCCAUCCCCAGGCCCGAUCGACCGGCGGAAGUGCGGACCUUCACGUUUUAUCUCUCCAACAUUGGCAAGGACAGCCCCCAGGGGAGCUUUGACUGCAUCCAGCAGUAUGUGUCCAGCAAUGGCAAUAUCCAUUUGGAUUGCCUUGGAAGCAUACAGGACAAAAUCACCGUGUGCGCUACUGACGAUUCGUACCAGAAGGCGAGGCAGAGCAUGGCCCAGGCCGAGGAGGAGACGCGCAGCCGCAGCGCCAUCGUCAUCAAACCCGGCGGCAGAUACGUGGGCAAAAAGGUUCAGGUGCGUAAACCUGCACCAGGAGCUUCCGAUGCUGUUCCCUCCAGGAAGCGCCCAACGCCAGUCAACCUUGCCAGUGCAAUAAAGAGGGGCAAUAGUGCCAUUUCUCAGAGACCCUUCAAAGAUAGGGUUGUGCACUUGCUGGCACUAAAGCCUUAUAAGAAACCUGAACUUAUUCUCAGAUUGCAGAAGGAUGGACUUUCUCAGCAGGACAAGGAUUUGCUGGACAACCUUCUGCAACAGGUGGCAAACCUGAGUGCCAAGGACAGCACCUUCACGCUGAAAGACUGUGUGUACAAAGAGGUGCAGAAGGACUGGCCCGGCUACUCGGAAGGAGAUCAGCAGUUGCUGAAGAGGAUACUCGUUCGGAAGCUCUGCCAGCCCCAGAACAGCAGCGGUUUCCAGGGAGAGGCGCCUUCCCUGAGCCCACCCAAGGACAGCGUGAACUCCAGCUCUCCUCCCCAGAAACGAUCCCAACCUGUGGAGUUCAUCGAUCCCCUGGCCAACAAAAAGCCCAGGAUUUCUCACUUGGCUCACAGAACUCAACCCACGUUCAACGGGAAGUUCAGCUCCUCCAACGGGAAGGACGCGCCUGCCCCCGCGCUGCCGCCGGCGCCGCCGGAGUCGGUGAGUUCCAGCUCCAACCUGCCGGCGCUGGAGCUGCCGCGGCCGCACGAUCCCCUGUGCGACGUCAGCAACGACCUGACGCACAACGGCAGAGACUCUGAGAGCGCGGAGCCGGCCGACAGGCUGGGCCCCCCCGUGUCCACAGACUGUCCGCAGACGAGCAAGCACAACUGCGGCUCCUACGUCAAAACCAAGAAGAAGUCCAAAAAGCACAAAGACAAGGAGAAGGAGAGGAAGGAGAAGAAAAGUGAAGAGAAGUGCAAAGAGGAGAAGCAGGACUGUGAAGUAAUAAAAAAUGCUGACUUAGUUAGUGUUCCCCAGGAGCAGGUCACAGGUUUAAACGGAACAUGCAAUAAUUCUAGUGUACCAACAUCAACUUCAGAAAUGCCAGAUUAUUUAUUAAAAUAUGCAGCCAUUUCCUCUUCGGAGCAGCGUCAGAGUUACAAAAACGACUUCAACGCCGAAUACAACGAGUACAGAGACUUGCACGCCCGGAUAGAGAGGAUAACCCGACGGUUUACGCAGUUAGACGCCAAGCUGAAGCAGCUUUUGCAGGGCUCUGAAGAAUAUAAGACCAUCCAUGAUCAAAUUUUACAGGAAUAUCGGAAAAUUAAAAAGACUAACCCCAAUUACAGCCAGGAGAAGAACCGCUGCGAAUACCUCCACAACAAACUGGCUCACAUCAAAAAACUGAUAGCAGAGUACGACCAACAGCAGUUCUAGCUGGAGCCGAGCGGACUGGGUAGGGAGGAAAAACAAUUAAAACAAAAAUCACCUGGACGUUACGUUCCCUUUUAUACAACCAAAUCCCCUUCAGAGACGAACGUUAAUUCCUCGCGGUGGAAGAACUUGGGGAUUAUUUAUGAUGCCGACUGUGUCGUGUGAGCCGGGUGGCGAGCGCGGCCCUCUCAAGUUAUAGCCUCUCUGAAUGUCGGAAUGUAACAAAUAAGAGAAAAAAGACAAAAAAAAACAACCAACCAAACAAAAAAAGACUAAAACACACACAAAAAAAUCUUGCUUAUUUGAAGCCAGCGUUUGACACUUAAGGGAAAACUUACCUAACGCGAAACGAAGCUCCCAAAGGUUAAGAAUCGGUAGUUUUUUCGUGGAUUAAAGUUUGGCAUGAAGUGUAAUUGCCCCUGGCCCGGGUUACAAAUUGUCCUUCAAAUGGUGAGGAACUGGAAUGCUGCUCGGUUACCUGCUCCGGCGCCUCCGACGCCCCCGUCCCCGCUCUGCUGCUUGGCCUCCCCUCGUCCCCGGUUGCUUUCCCGCAGGUGGUGGCAGGAGGGAAUCGCCCCGCGGCGCUGCCGUGGCGCCUCCGUGGAGACACACGGUAAAGGAGAAGCAGAAAAAGACACAAAGCCCCGGUUUUGGUUUGGUUUGAGUCAAGGUUUGGCAGUGGCCUCUCCCGCACGCGCGGCCUCUCAGUCCUUCACACCGAGACCUGCCUGUCUUGUGACUUUUAUAAUUUUAUAUAUAUAUAAACACCAGGGCAGCCAACUUUAUUAAUCACUAAUGAGACUAUGGUCUAUUUUUGUAUUUAAAAAGAGGUGGGGGGAAAAAAGAGCAUCUUUUUCUAAAGCUGUGCCUCCCUUUUCCUUCAGGCCACGUGUUGCAGACCCUGUCCUGUCUCGUAACCGCAGUAUUGCUGGGGGGACAGGCACCCAGAAAGGUCACUUUACUGACCCAGAGGAGCGGAGGGGAGGGGGAUGUGAUGCUUUUCUUCUGGUUUUGUGUUUUAUUUUGGGGUUUUUUGUGUAUUUCCAAAGCAGCAGCAGCAGCAAAUGGUUCUCGGAACGGGCGCCCGAGCGUGAGAGGAGCGAGGUGCCGCUUUCCCAUGCGGGUCUUUCCCCCCUUGUGCUUUAUCUCGCCAGCUUCUCCAGCCUUUCUUCUUGAUUCUUUUUCUGUCUUUAAUUUGGACUCGAAGGGAACACGUUCAGAGUGUGGCCAGGGGGUGAGAAUCACGCCAGAAAGCACAAAGGUGUCCUUUAACUCCGCUGUUUCUUUCUCUCCCCUUUCAACCCUGCCAGCCUGUGAUUUGACUUCUCGCUUCCGCUAUCCCAAGUAGCGGAUUCCUUAUUCCUCUCCGUGGCGUCUCCUCCCCCGAAGAGCCCCCCAAGGAGAGAAUGGCACAGUUCAGGAGGGAAGGAGUUCUUACACAAGGAGGAUUGUAUUUUUUUUCCGCCCAACACAAAAAAAAAAUGGGUCCAUCUGCUGUAUUUAAAAUAAUAAUAAUAAUAAUAAUUCCAUUCUGGCCAGCUUGGUUCUGCCGCGUCGUCUGGCCGGGGCCGCCGCUUCGCUCGGCGCUUCGUGUCGCAUCGCUCGGGCCCGUCUCUUCUUGUCGAGAGCUCGGGGACGCGCCCCGGGGGUGGGCGAUGGGGAACCGAAGGCGCCGGGGUGUCCGGAGGCGUUUGUCCCGUUUCCCGGUGGGUGCAGCCGGUCCCCGAGCGCCGUCCCAGCCCCUCGCGCUCCGUCCCCCGGCGGCUGUGCCGCGGGGCGGGUUCCUCACCAACCGGGGGCCACGCGUUUGUGGGGGCGAAAGCCGGAUUUGGCGCAGGAGGAGCCCGGCGGCCGGGGGAGGCAGCGGCUGCGGAGCCGGGACGAGCCGAUUCUUCCACGGAAACGCUUCUCCUGAUCCUUCCUACUUCGAAUCGGGGUAUUUUUGUUGUUGUUGUUGCUUUGGGGAGGGAGGGGAUAGAGACGGAUCUCGAUCUUUAUACAUCUGCUAUAAGAUAUUUUUGCAAACAGAGUUGUAUACAAAGAUGUAUUGUGUACAUUUACAUGUAUAUUCUGGAACUUCUAAAAAUUUGAAUAUAAAAAAAAAAACUGAAAAUAUUUAAUGAAUAUCCAAACUGUGAGACCCAAUUAGCAUUCAACAACCUUCUGCUUCACUUUUCUUUUGGACUGUGUUAAAGAACUGUAGUUGAAUCUGCCUUUUUUUGUUGUUUUCCUUUAGAGAUUAUGAAGCUAGGCAAAUUUUGUGCUUUUUGGGUUAAUAGAAACCAGUUCUAGGUGAUUAAGUAUGAUCUUAACUUAUUGAUACUGUGUUUUACUUUGUAAUAUUGUACUGUGGAUAAAACUAUAUUGAGCCAUGGAGUUGGAGUUUACAAAAAGAGCUUUUCACUUUGCCAAAAUGUUACAAUUUAAAGGCAGCAUAGUCUUCAGCUUUCCUAAUCUUUUUUCUUAAGAGCUAGUGUCUUUUUUUGUACACUAAAAAAAAAAGCUGAAUGCUGAUUUUGCAACAUAUAAUAAAUUCACUGUAUUGGAAAACGA